UCCCUCCAGCUGCUUUACUCCCGUUUGCUUUCGGUUUCCCAGACACUUCUCUGGUCUGAUCUCCUCCCUGGAUUACUGCACGACUGCCAGCCCUGCACCUGAGUAGAAUCCUGAGAAUGUCGGACCCCGGUUUCACGUCGAAUGAUAUCCGAAGCAGUUUAAAGUGCAGCAUUUGCCUGGAAUUGUUCACCAUGCCGGUGUCUACGGCCUGCGGGCACAAUUUCUGCCAGAAAUGUAUCAAUGAUCACUGGGAUCAAGAGGUUCGGAAGCAGAUUCCCUACUCCUGCCCACGGUGCCGGAAGAUAUUUCCUGAGCGCCCCGAAACCCCCAAAAAUGUGGAUCUCAGCGACUUGGUUGAGACAGUAAGGGCUUUGGAGAAGCAGAACGUAUCCCAAGAGCCGGAAAUUCAAAGGAAGAGAAACGUGUGUCCAGCUACAAAGUGUCAGCGGCACAACCGCAACUUCGAGUUGUUCUGUUGCACAGAGAAGCGCUGCGUCUGUUCCAAAUGCUACAUGGUGGAAUGCCGCAAUCAUACACUGGAGUCCAUUGAGGAGAAGAGACAGAUGGAAGAGGAGCAGCUUAGGAAGUCUUUACUUGGCAAUGCCAAUCAAAAGGAGGAAAUACGGGCAGCGAUUGAAAAGCGCCAGCAGCUCACUGGAAAUAUUAAAACGUCAUGUGACAAGAUGGAGACCUGUAUCUUGGCUAAGUUUGAGGAGCUGAGCAAUGUUCUUGAGGUGUGCUGUACCAUGUCCAUAGAGACAUUACGGAGUGAAGAGGGGGUAGCCUUGGCUAAAGCGGAGCAGAGUCUGGAGCAGCUGCAAAAGCAUUUGGAACGAGUGGAGCAACAUGAAAACGAAGCGGAACAGUUGUGCCAAAACCCAGAUGAUGUUGCGUUUCUCCAGGGCUUUACUUUGCUUGUGCCUCCUGAAGCCAUUCCUGUGCUGCCCAGUAUGCCAUUAUGUGGCUCCUCACAGGUGGAUGCAGUAACCAGAAUCCUGCCGCAGGUCAUUAAUCUUCUGAAGGUAGAAUUCCCUAAUGCCCUGCUCAAUGAGCCAUCACAGGCUGAAGUCAAGGAGACCUCAUGCACUCCAUCUCCACCUAAAGCAAAGACAAGGCCAAGCAUCACUCCUUCCACAAUGAGUCAACUGAGAGCAGAACUUUAUAAAGAUUACCGUAACUUGACGUUUGAGCCCAGAAGUGCAAACAAGUACAUCCAGCUGUCACGUCAGAACUGCAAGGCCUCCCACAAGAUGAGUUCCCAGGGGGCGGAGGUUCUUAUAUCCUCCUCUACUUUCCAAACCUGGCAAGUCAUGUGUACAGAGGGGUUCUCCAGUGGCCACCACUACUGGGAAGUGGAGCUUUCUGCACAUUUCGUAGAAGUAGGAGUAGCGUACGACUGCCUGGAGCGCAGUAAAAACGAACAGAACAAGAUAGGGCGCAACCCCUUCUCAUGGAGUCUGCAGAUACAUAGCAGAUGCCACUCAGCCUGGCAUGCUAAUACAGAGCAGCAACUGCAGGCCCCCAAGUACACAAAGGUGGGAGUCAGUCUGGACUGCGAGGCUGGCACUCUUACGUUCUAUGGAGUGAGGGAUGGUGGCCUGGAACUUCUCCAUUCGUUCAGCUGUAUCUUCUCCCAGGCACUGUACCCCACAUUCUGGAUUGGAGAGGGAGCGAGUGUCAGCUUGUUCCAGUACAGCGCUGAGCCAGGAAAUACAUCCCACGGGGAGUGAUAUCUGGGUGUAGAACAGACAUUCAUGUUGUCAAUAUACCCUUUUUAAAAAUAAGCCACCCAAUGGGAAACAAUCAUUUAACCCACGUCUGUAAAAAUCCUCUUAAAGGGAGCACAAACCCCAAAAUAAAACGUUGCUUAAUAAAAUACAGCGGCUUGCAAAAGUAUUCGGCCCCCUUGAACUUUUCCACAUUUUGUCACAUUACAGCCACAA